AUGACAUCUUUGACGCGUAUUCCUGAUUCUUUUUGGAGAUCUAUUGGUAUGCAAUUGGUAGGUGUCAAUGAUCGAGGUCAGUUAUUUCCUAAUAUUUGGGUUUUUCAUUCAAUAAACAUAUCACCUCCUACUAUGAUAUCUUCUUCUAGUCAACAUCUGUUUGUGCAGUUUUGCGUUGGUGGUAUUGCUCAUGGUCUGGUUUUUGUCUAUGCGGCAACAACUAGUGUGGCACGUCGCCCUUUAUGGUCCGCAAUUGAACAAAUUAAUACAAGCUUCUCGGGUCCUUUGCUGUUAGUUGGUGAUUUCAAUGCAAUCUUAGGAGCCCAUGAAAAGACUGGUGGAAGGCUGCCUACUCGUGUUUCCUGUGACGACUUUCAGACUAUGGUGGAUGUGUGUCAUUUGACACAUAUUGAUAUUAAAGGUUCACCGUUUACAUGGACAAAUGGUCAAGGAGUUGGCUCACAUAUUGAAAUGUUGUUGGACAGGAAGCUUAAACUUUUAAAACCUAUUCUCAAGGAGUGGAAUGUUAAUGUCUUUGGUAAUGUUCAUACUGCUGUGGAUAGUGCACGCACUGCACUUGAACAAAUUCAACUAGCCAUAUCUCUUGAUGGGUUUACUGAAGCGCCUCAUGUUGAGGAACUUUUAGCCCAGGAUGCUUUGUCGAAUGCUUUGUUGGUUCAGGAAAAAUUCUGGGCAGAGAAGGCUAGGAGGAUGGAAAUAUUGAUGAUACAGGUUUGGUUGAAAAUCUCAUUCCUUCCAUGGUUUCGGAUUCAGAAAAUUGCUCUUCCUUCUGCUGAAGAUGUCAAAAAUGUUGUAUUUUCCAUGAAUGUUGAUAGCGCCCCAGGUCCGGAUGGUUAUACUGGUCAUUUUUUUCAGGCUUGUUGGGAUGUUGUUGGGUUGGAUGUGGUCCGUGCUGUUAGAUCUUUCUUUCAGUCAGGUUAUAUAUUGCCCAAUCUAAAUUCCAGCUUUGUGGCACUCAUUCCAAAGGUUCAAGAGGCUAAUGUUAUCACUCAAUUUCGGCCCAUUGCUAUGGCUAAUUUUUCUUUUAAAAUUAUUACUCGCAUACUAGCAGACCGUCUUGCUCCUAUUGCUUCCAGGAUUAUAUUGCCGAACCAAUUUGCUUUUCUGAAAGGAAGACAAAUCUCUGAUUGCAUCUUUCUAGCUUCUGAAUGUGUUAACUUGUUGGAUAAUAAAUGUUGUGGAGGGAAUGUUGCUAUUAAGUUUGAUGUAGCGAAGGCCUUUGAUACUCUGAAUUGGGACUUCCUUCGAAGGGUUCUUAAUGCUUUUGGUUUUCAUGCAACUUUCGUAGACUGGAUUAGUUCUAUAUUGGCUUCAGCUCGCCUCUCCAUCUUAUUUAAUGGCUCUCCAGUGGGAUUUUUUGGUUGUAGCCGCGGAGUUCGGCAAGGUGAUCCACUGUCUCCUCUUCUCUUUUGUCAUGCUGAAGAAGUUCUUAGCCGUGGUCUCUUGUGUCUGGUUGAUAUGGGGCAUGUCCAAGCUAUUUCCUCUCCUCGUCCUGUGAAAGUCCCUUCUCAUGUCUUAUUUGCUGAUGAUAUAAUGGUUUUUUGUAAGGGCGAUAAAAGAAGCCUACUAAAUCUUAUGGCUUUCUUUGAGGAGUACGGCCUUAACUCGGGCCAGUUGGUGAACAAAACCAAGUCUCAUGUUUAUUUGGGCAAGUCAGCUGUUCAUCGUCGUACUCUAAUAUAUUCUUGGUUGGGUGUUCCAGUGGGUAAAUUGCCCUUCAUGUACCUUGGCGUGCCAAUUUUUGUUGGCCGACCAAAGCAAAUUUAUUUCCAGGUCUUGGCUGAUCGAAUUCGUAAUGUUAUGUCUCAAUGGAGAGGGCAUUCUCUCUCCAUGGCAGGACGGGUAACUCUGGUCAAUUCUGUGGUGGUUAGUAUGCUUUCCCAUAGUUUCACAAUUUAUGCUUGGCCAAGGACUGUAUUGCAACAAGUUCGAAAUUGGAUGAGGAAUUUUAUUUGGACCGGCAAUGUGUCUUCUAGAGCCUAUCAUCCGGUGUCUUGGAAAAAGUGUUGUGCUCCGUUGAAGGAGGGUGGUCUUGGAGUUCGUAAUAUUAUGGCUCUUAAUAACGCUUUCCUCCUAAAAAAAUUUUGGGAUUUCUUAACUAAGUCUACACCAGCGGCUGCUUUUUUUUCUGCUCGGUUUCUUCAACAUUCAGGUCAGCCAUGUCCUUACUAUAAAAAAUCAUCUAUUUGGCCUGGCAUGCGACCCUUGUUUAUGGAUAUUUUCUAUAGCUCUAAAUGGUUAGUGGGCAAUGGUCGUUCAAUUGAUUUUUGGCAUGGUAAUUGGCUUAAUGGUUCAAUUGUUGAUAAAUUGGGUAUUGACCAUCAACUUGGCAAGUUAUUAUGUGCCAAAGUUUCUGAUUUCAUCAAAGAUGGCUCUUGGUAUUGCUCUACUAAUUUAUAUGUUGAUCUUGCUACACUUUGGUCAGAAAUUUCAGCUAUUAGACUUCCUUAUUCAGACAUGGAGGAUAGGCUAGUGUGGUUGGAUUCUUCUGAUGGGAACUUAUCUUUAUCUAUAGCCUAUGAGUUGAAGAGGAGUAAACAAGCAAUUGCUCCUUGGGAUAGAUGGCAUGGUUUUGGUACUCAAUUGCAAUUGCUUUGGUGGGGGAUGAUGGGAGCUGGCUUCUACUCUCUUUGGAAUGCUAGAAAUUCUAUUCGUUUUGAUGAGCGUUGCUUAACGGUUGAUUAUUUGAUUCACUCUAUCAAGCUGCAAAUUCGAGAGGUCGACUCUUGGGGUUUUGGAAUUAUGCGUAACUCAGUAGAUGAGCUUUGUAUUUUUAGUGCUCUUGGAAUUAGUGGUAGAGCCUCAAGAACACAUCAAAUUCAUGAAGUAAAUUGGCUUGCUCCUUGUGCUUUUCAAUUAAAGGUUAAUACUGAUGGUGCUGCUCGUGGGACGCCAGGGCUUGCAGGCUAUGGAGGUAUUUUUCGUGAUCACUUAGGCAAUUUUAUGGGUUGUUUUGCUAGUUCCAUGGGUAUUGCUACUGCCCUAGAAGCAGAGCUUCAAGCCAUUAUUCAUGCAGUUACAAUAGCAUCAAGAAAAGGAUGGAAUUCUCUCUGGAUUGAGUGUGAUUCAGCGUUGCCUUUGUUCACAAUCUGCAAGGUUUACCGAAUUUCCGUAUUCGCUAAUUUUGUGGUGCUUGAUAGACUUCAUGAAAAGGUGGGUUUGGGUUAUGGUGAUUUCUGCUGCAUGGUUGCUGAUGAACUAUAG